AUGCUAUGGAGCCAGGGAACCUCACCUGGGUAUCAGAGUUUAUCUUCCUGGGUCUCUCACAGACUCCAGAGCUCCAGGUUUUCCUGUUAGUGGUGUUCCUGUUUGUCUACACCACCACUGUGGUGGGAAAUCUCCUAAUAGUGAUCACAGUGACCUUGGACUCUAAGCUCCAGACGCCCAUGUACUUUUUGCUGAGAAACCUGGCUCUCUUAGACUUCUGUUUCUCCUCAGUCACUGCCCCAAAAAUGCUGGUGGACUUCCUCUCUGAGAAGAAGACAAUCUCCUACGAGGGCUGCAUGACCCAGAUCUUUUUCUUCCACUUUCUAGGAGGUGCCAUGGUCAUCUUCCUCUCAGUGAUGGCUUAUGACCGCCUGGUCGCCAUCUCCCGGCCCCUCCACUAUGUCACCAUCAUGAACACUCAGCUCUGUGUGGGGCUGGUGGCGACAGCCUGGGUUGUGGGUUUCCUCCACUCCAUCAGCCAAAUGGCGCUGCUGCUCUCACUGCCAUUUUGUGGCCCCAACAUCCUGGAUAACUUCUACUGUGAUGUUCCACAAGUGCUGAAACUUGCCUGCACAGACACUUCCAUCCUGGAGUUCCUCAUGAUCUGCAACAGUGGCAUGCUGGAUGUCAUCUGGUUCUUCCUCCUUCUGGUCUCCUACUCCGUCAUCCUGGUGAUGCUCAGGGCACACUCAGAGCAGGCCAGGAGGAAGGCGGCUUCCACCUGUACCACCCACAUCAUCGUGGUGUCGUUGAUGUUCAUCCCAAGCAUUUACCUCUAUGCCCGGCCUUUUGUCUCCUUCUCCAUGGACAAGGCUGUGUCCCUCUGCCACACAGUCAUGACCCCCAUGCUCAACCCCAUGAUCUACACCCUGCGGAACCAGGAGAUGCAGGCGGCACUGAAGAGGCUAGGGAGGCGCCGGCUGGUUUGUAGAAUUCUCAAUGUCCUUGGUGGGGGUUUGCCCCCAAGGCAGACCUCUCAACACGAAGUAUUUUGGGCAGACUUGGAAACUUUUUAACAACUC